AUGGCUUCUGAUAUUCACAAGAGACGUACAGGCAAGGGAUUCAAGAUCUCUGAGGAGAUCGUCAUGAAGGAGGAGAUGUACGAGGAGGAAGACGAAGAUAUGCCACGCUCGUAUCGAAAUCUCCACGCCUACUUCAGCACACCGUCUAGCAACAUGAACAACCGCGUCAAUGCCUACAUCACUAACCGUGUUGCCAUGGCCAGCUUGGUGCAUCAGGCCGAGGUUAAUCGCCAGUUUGAAGAGCAGUUUCCUGGUGCCGCCCGCCUCACUCAAGCCCCGACACAGUCCAUUUAUCUGCAGAACCUUCCACCCGAGCACUCGGCCCAGUCAUCGCAUCAGUUCCCCCUUCCGCAAACAUACCAAACCACGCCAAUGGCAUAUCCGCGUGACAGAUCACACUCGGUUACACAGAACAUGCCCAUGUCCCCACACCAACUCCCAGCAGGUCACUAUCAUUACGCUUCUCCUCUUGGUCCGCAUGCCUCGCUUGAAGCAAACCCCUCUCCGCCGAUCUUGACACCGGGCUCGGGUAGCACCGACACACCUCCGUCGAGAUCUACACCUCCUUUUUCCUACAAAUCGGAGGACCGGCGGCAUUCAUAUGCGGGAUAUCUCGUGGACCCUUCGCUCUCCAUAGCACCAAGCCAUGUUAUGGACGCUUUCAACUUGGAUAUUCAACCUGAGGGUCAGGCGGUGGCAAAAGAUGACAUGAACCAUCAGCUGGCGGAAUAUUUCUUCGCCGGGCCGAUAAAUGAACUUGCGGGGUCGGAGCCGCACUAUUGGAUGCCCUCAAUCUCACUUGAAGACAAACACAAUACGGCCUCCUCCAUCACCAGUAUUCCAGGCCUCGCACAUGGGAUAGGGAAUGAGCAUAGCCAAGGCGACGUCCCUGAUUUCUUCAAUACCCUUCAUCCACAUUCCAGCAACAAGAAUGUCGGGUUUGUGGGCGAAGCUGGCAAUAUCGGCACGCCAGGUGGGGGGAUUGGGGACUCAUGGGACUCGUGGAUCAACACGGAUGAGCAGUACGAGCCAGCUGCAAACGAAGCCAAUUAG